AUGACGCACCUGCCAAACAACGCAUUCAGCGGCCGCACUUUGCUCGUCUCUGUUGCCUUUCCGAGCCUCGUAUCCAUCGGCUAUCGGGCCUUCUUCGGCUGCCGUUCUCUCACCGGCGUCACCUUCCCUGCCGGCCUCACGGCCAUCGGCGACUACACCUUCUCCGGAUGCUCCUCUCUGACCUCCGUCGUCCUCCCAGCCGAUCUCACCUCCCUAGCCGUCUGCGCCUUCGACCGUUGCUCCUCCCUGACCUCCGUCGGCCUCCCGCCGGCCUCACCCGGCCUCACGUCCGUCGGCGACGAAGCCUUCAACAACUGCUCUGCCCUCACCUCCGUCACCUUCCCUGCCGGCCUCGCCUUCAUCGGCGAAAGGGCCUUCUACAACUGCCGCUCCCUUACCCGCGUCACCUUGCCAGCUGGCCUCAACUCCAUUGGCAACUACGCCUUCGACGGCGCCUUCCCCUUCUGCCCCCUCUCCCGCGUCAUCGUGCCAACCACCGCCAACAUCAGCAGCCGCGCCUUCUCCGACACCACCACCAUCCUCCGCCUCCUUCCCAGAAAGAUGCGCUGGUACGCGGCGGUUGACCUGGCUCUCGCCUACAAAGCGCUGCCGCCCCGGCCUUCUCCUCUGGCUGGAGCGGGCCCAGAUCAGGCUCGGCUCUUACGGCCCGGACGGCGCAGCGCGCCAGCGCGACCGCGAGGCGUUCGAGGGCGACUUUGGGCAGGGGGGAUAUUAAAGUGUAGUGCACGCACGCACGGGCGGGCGCAGCCGUUUUCGUCUUUGUGA